GCAUCAUGAAAUAAAUUAAAUAUGAACUGUUUCUAAAAUAUGUUCCCUUGAAAAUUUCGACAAACUUUAAACUUGGCCAUCAUCAAUUGAAUAUCAAAACAAAAAAUAAAGCAUAAAAUUAAAAUUACUAGGCGUAUUGGAUGUGUGCUAUUACUUAAUUGAACGUGUCUUAGAUUUGAACGAAUAAUUUCAUUGAUACAAGUGAAGAAAUACUUUGCCAAGAACAUUUUGUGGCAAAACUCAAGGUCAGGGUCAGAAAAGAUGCGUUAGAAACCGGAGAUAAACAAGCAGCGAGGAAUCUUUAAGGUAAAUCCGCUUGCGUUCAUUGCUAUCGACCAGCCGUCGUGCGCUCCUCCUUUCUGAACCCCAAACUAGGGUCGCUCUCCUGCGACCCUCGCUUACUAAGCCCCACCUCUUUGAACCCCAAAGCCAGGGUUGUCUUAUUAAGCCCCUCCUCCCUGAACCCCAACCGAGGGUAGCUCUCCUACUACCCUCGGUAUCCUGCCUCGUCUGGGCCCAGUCCGAGAACGGCAGCGGCCGACUAUGGCGGUGACGUGCGAACUAUGAUGAGCAAAAAGGACUUCCAAGAGGUGGCACUCUCGCUCACGGAGCCCGGGCAUAUGCUUCUUGCUGGGGAAUCUACUCCACCGAUACCCUCCGUAAACCGCAUGCAGACACCUCCACGUAUUAAGCGACCUCCACAAGGAAUACAAAUUUGUAAACUACCAAGAGUCACAACAUGCAUUGAACUUGACCGCGACAGCGUAAGCUCAGUUUCAACGAUGCGCGACUUCGACACAGAAUCGCUCGAUAUUGACACGACGCAGACGGAGUUGCUGUCGGCGAUCAGUACUCCUGCUCAAAUGUUUUUGGCCGCCGCGGCCUCGAAACAUCAUAAGAAACUUACGGCAAAGACUUCAGCAACCAUUGAUCUUCGUCUCGGCAAGGAACUGACGUUCACAGACCGCGUUGAAAACUGGGAGCGUGCGCUCAAAGCUGCGCUCCAAGUCGACGCUGCUGGAAACGCUCUCGAGGCGAUAGCGGCCUAUGGCAAGAUUAACCGUCAAGUAACUCGAGACGCCAUCUUGGAAUUUGAGAAGAUGAACUCCGACCAACAGAAGCUGAUGAACGACGUGAUGAACUGUUUGGACCGGCGCACCAUGGUUCUCAAGGCCGCCCAAAACCCCAACAGCCGACCUUGUAGCCUCGAUACUACCUUCUCUACAGGUUCGGUAUCAACACCUCAAGUUACGAACGUGGCCACUGCUGAGGAAGCUCCUGCGCAACAGAAGCCACAGGUAGCUCAGGCUGAAAGUCCAGACAUCGACCCGUCGUUUACCGAACUCGUAGAAUGCCUGAAGCAUUUCUCAACCAUCAAAGUGCUGGCCUCUAAACGUAAAAUGCCUGUGGUGCUCAUUUACGGGGAACGAACUCACAGGAAAUCUCAUCGUUUCCAAGAAAAGGGCAAAAGUAACACAAUUGUAUACCCGAAGGAAAAACGGAAUUUCUUGCAGAUCAUGGGCUUACCUGGCAAGAUGAUCACAAAAAAAGGACUCGAUUUUAGCGUGAAGCCAGAAAUUGAUAGUUCAGGAGUUCGAAUCCAUUAUUCUCCACAGAGGAGCCGAAGCGCUUCAACAGAUGAACAAAGAGAAGAAAAGGAGAAUAACGGCAGCAUAAUAGAAACUGUCCUAGAUAAAACCAAUAACUUAUCAGUAACAGAAGAUGACGGCCGAACCAAGAGGCGUUUAUCUGCCAUCAACAUAAUUAAAAAGCCCUCAGUCAGUCCACUCCCUGGAAGUGGAGGGAGCACCAGCCAGAAAUCACCUGGCAAGAAAGGCAAAGGUAAAAACAGUAAAAAAGACAAAAACAAGAACAAAAAUAAAGAUUUGGAUAUUCACACUGAAUGUAAGUCAAUGCUAAGCUGCGACUCCUGCAGUUCCAGUGACGAGUGUGAGAGCGAGAGCGACGUUUGUGAGCACGAUAUUGCCGUACCAAGUAACUAUUGUCAUCUAGAGAAGCUCCAGCCAGAGCCUUUAUACAGCGCCGAUUUGACUUACGUUACAAUUCAGCUUGAGAAAAUUGGUAUUCACAACACCAGGAAUUUUAUCUCUCCCUUCAUAAGAAUGUCAAUAAGAGACAGAGAAGGAGACUUGGUGGACGGGACGUCAAUUCAGGAGAGCGAGAUGGGGGAAAUAAUCAACAAGAAUUACCUCAGACUUGAUGGAACCAUCCACUUCCAGCUGUCCUUGCAAGCUUUACCUGCAGAUAUUGGAGUUUUUCUGGAGCUGGUCCACCACCGAGCUCACCUGAACUGCCUCUCCACGCACUGCUACACUUUCCUCGAGAAGGAUCAACUUCAGGACGGAGAGUUCAUAUGUGAAUUGUACAAACCACCGGUGGACUUCACUCGCGAGAAAUUCGUGGCGUAUUCAGAAAAGGCUUUUUACCUUCACAUGAAGUUAAUUGUUAAUAACGGUUCAGGGGUAAAAAUAAAUGCACAAGCCUUAAGUUAAUUGAGAAUUAUUAAUUAAAAUAUGCUUUUAAUUCUACAAAAAACUUUUACUACGUUGUCGGAGAACGUACGUGCAAGAUGUGAAAUCCAAUAUUAAUUAUAUAAUCAUACAUACACCUCUCUUCGUCGCCUGUCAUAAACUGGACGUAGUCAUUUCCAAAAGUAAAUAAGCAAUAGCAAGUAACUCCCACAAAAUAUGGUUUCCUAAUUUUUCAACAUUUUUACUAUCUUAAUCCUUAUUUUAAAAUGACAUUGUUUGGGUAAAAAACUAAUAUUAGAAGAUUAUUAUGAAGAGUUUUCUCAACGAGAAGUAACUGCUGAGCGAGUUAAGUAUUGAUAAUUAUUGGUGCACGUGUGUUAUCAAAUUAUAGACCAACUUUUUUAUACGCCCUUAACACGCUGACCAAUGCGAGCAUAAUUCUACGCGGACUGUUAAUCUUCUAUUCUAGUUACUUUAAUAUUUUACUGCAAUUUUGUAAUCAUAAGGCUUAAAAGAAAUCAAUAAGUUUACUUGACUUAGAAAUGUAUUUCAUAAUACACUAGUUAUUAGUUAAUGACUUUAUAUGAUGGACAAUUACCAAGUCUUUCAUUGAAAUGAUUAUAUUUUACUUGACUAAAAGGUGUAGAUUAAAGUUAAGCC